AUGGCGCCGAAGAAGACGCCGAAGGACAAGUCGGGCUUCUUCGGUGUGAGGCAGAAGCCCUCCGGUAACUUCGGAGUGGAGUUCUCCGACGCCGGGAGGCAUUGGUGGAUCGGCACGUACCCCUCCGCCCACGAGGCCGCGCGUGCCUACGACGUGGCGGUGUGGCGUGCCGAGAGGCCUCGGGAGCACCUCAACUUCCCAGAAAUCGAGAGUCGGGCGAAAGCGGAGAUGCUUGCGCCGCAGGGCAUCAAGAUGAAGGAGAUCCCAACGAAGAAGAAGACGACCAAGAAGCCGUCGGUUGUCGUCAGUGCUGGCGAGACCGACGAGGAGGCGAUGGCGAGGUUUGCUCGGGAGCAUCCGGAGCACGUCCAGGACGAGCUGGAGUAA